UAAUUCGCUAAUAGCACAGCACGGCAGUACCAAUCACAUAACGGUAAAGUUUCUUACAAGGUGAGGUUGAUCGUGUUGGGAUUUUCUGGAUUUAAAGAAUCUCAUAUCAUGAUACUACAAUGGAUAUUUACAUUGUCCCUGGGACUAUUGGUAAACGCAGUACCACCAAUGAGAUUGAGUCAUUCGGGUUACGAAGUGAUAUCGUUUGCCGGUCAAAAAAACGAUGACUCCGAGUCGUCAAAGAUUUCACGAAAUUUUCCAAAAAUGUCGGGAUACAAAAUUUUGGAAAUUGCUAAACCAUCCGACGACUCCGAAUCCCUGGUACCGCGACAAGAUCGCAAAAUACAUUACGAGAAUGGAAGAUCAAAUCCAAAACAAAACACAGUAGAUUCCCCGUUCAAGGAUCAAGUAAAUCCUUCGAGUUAUCCCACAAAAUUUGCAUUCAAGACCAACGAUCAAGAUCAAAGUGACACCUUACAAAAUAAUCAUCACGAUAAAUCCAUCGGAACAAUGUCAAAAAGUAUCGAUCCGAAAUAUCCAAAUCCUGCGAUAAAGAACGAUACCGAAAAGCACGACACGCCGAUUCAGGAUCCCGACUUUGACUACAGCGAUAUACGUACCGUGGAUACAAAGCAGGACAAACCCGGGAUUUUCUCCGAUGAUCCACAACAGGACGACAAAGACAAACAGGACAAGUCAGAACCCCCAAAACAGCCGCUACCAACGAUAACGAAAUUUUUACCAGGACCGCGUGGAUUUUUGACACUUCAAAAAAGCGCCAAUUUGAUCUCCCCGAUUUAUCCAGCAGGACAUGACGUCACGUCCCACCGUUCCACGUACAAAUCCUUCCCCCUCAGUGCAUCCGGUCUGUCCAGGUCCCAGGACGAUUCCCUGACGCGUCACAAAUAUUCCCCGAUGAUCCAAGACGAUUUCGAACCCCCACGUGAAUUCCUGAGACAAAACAUAGCCCGAGACAAGAGCAACAAAUUUCUCUUACUGAAUAGCCUGAAACACUUUUUGCUCAAAAAUAAAAUCCCCUACCCACGUGCCUUGAUGACACCGCCAUUGAUAUCAUUUGGCAAAUCAAUUCCAUUUUCUGCCUCAACUCCCAGACACUUCUACCCGUCAAUCUCAUCCCUGGAGCUCCACCCAAUGCCCAUGAUGGCGUCACCCAUGGAACUCUCAGUCUCCCGUAGGGUCCAGCAUCGAUUCGGGGACCCAGACCCAAAGGAUAUUUCAGGCUCGACUGAAAUCUCCAAAGGAAGUCUGAUAAUCGACAUAGUCCACGAAAUGCCUGACGAUUCAGAAAUUCAGCACGAGCCUAGAAUCAGCAGUGAAAACAAGUCCAAGCCAAAAGACCCGUGCCCGAUAAAGGGCAAAAACGAAUUUUACGAGUUCCUCACGAAAUUCGGUAGCAACGUAAUGGAAACCGCCUUAAGGUACGAGACGUCGAUUCGUACCGAUUUAACAUCGAGUUACAUUAAUCCAACGAAGAGAUCGUUGGAAAAUAAAAAUCACGAAAAAUCUAUCCAAUAACAAGAAUCCCUUCCAAGAUAUCUCGCAGUAUCCCAAAAAUGCAGAUUUAUUAAUCAAAAUAUAAAAUUUUAUCAAAUUAUAUUCUUACCUGCCCUA